UGUCCGUGGAGCAAGGCAAUCUUUGGAUUCCUUCUAGGAACUUUGGGAGAUGGAAAAGCCAGACUCAGCGGCUCCCUGGGGAGGAAAGGACCCCCACGUCACCCAUACUGGGAGCACUGGGGAGGUCUGGGAAAGGAACGUGCAGCAGAUCCUGGGUGAGGGCAAUGCCAGCUCAGACGUCCAGCGCCAACACUUCCGGGCGUUUUGCUACCAGGAGGCCGAGGGGCCCCGCGAGGUCUGCAGCCGACUGCACCACCUUUACCGCCAGUGGCUGAAGCCAGAAAAGCACACCAAGGCGCAGAUGCUGGACCUGGUGGUCUUGGAGCAGUUCCUGACUAUCCUCCCCCCGGAGAUGGAGAGCUGGGUGAGGGAGUGCGGAGCGGAGACCAGCUCCCAGGCGGUGGCCCUGGCAGAAGGCUUCCUCCUGAGCCAGGUGGAAGAGAAGAGGCAGGAAGAGAAGGAGCAGGUUCAAGGGACGAGAAAAGGGGCUAAUUCUUCCACCAAAAUAGAGAAGGUCCCGCCAGCCACCAGGAGGAGGCAGCUGUUCCGAGGAGCCAUUCCGGGGGCCGCCGGAGGGGAUGCUUCUACCUUGCUGGGUAAGGAGGAAUUGGGAGCACAUUUGGGCUUGAUCUCGGCUGAAAAUCGCUGCAGUUAG